AUGGAAAACUGCGAUGGGCAUUACAAGGUUGAUAUGGGAACACGCGUUACAUUACGUCUCUUUAUAGUUAUAGCGAUACUGAAGUUGGACGAUAAGUGGUUUCAUUGUUUAUCCUGUUCUGUUAAACACAACUCACACAUUCAGAAAGGUGCCAUGGUGGUAAUAGAGGAAAUGAAAGUUCUGGGACAACAAGACUUAACAAAAACUUCAAUGGCAAGACCGACCACUCGCCGCAACCGUUUCUUUUGGGAGCUAAUCGUUGCUUUUGUGUUGGUUGUCUCCGCUGCUGUUUUUCAAACAUUUCAUUUCUUCAACAAUGCAUGGUUGGUGCAGACGAAUGGUUCAUAUAUCUAUCAGCGUGGUUUAGGAGACGACUGUGUGAAAAAUAAUGAAUUUUUGAAUGGAAUUAGAUGCACAGGUUGGUUGGAUGGUGAAUAUAAUACCUUCGUUACCAAUGGUCAGGAUAUUACUACCUUGGAUGUUGUUCCACCUUCCAUAGGACUGAGGUUGGCACGCGUUCUCAUGAUUUUCAGCGUUUUAUUAUAUUUAGUCGUUAUUUUCUCUUUGUUUUUCACUUGUGUGGAACGCGAUCUCAAAGUGCAGAAACUCUUAUGUGGUGUGACUAUAUCGCUAGUUUCCAUCAAUUUGCUCAUUAUAUUCCUCGUUUUGGUUAAUAGCUCAGAACCGUUUAUCAAAACCAUGAAAUACUGUUCGCUAGGUAGUGCAUUUUACUACUUUCUCUUCUCGUAUUUGUUGCUGUGGAUUGGAAGCGCAGUACACUUUGAUUCUUGGAUCGACGUUUACAAUGAUAUGCACACGAACGAUCUGCCGAUGAGACUGCUAGGUUACACUCGGAGGAACGGAACUUCAUAG